AUGAAAAUAGCUGUAGAAACCGCAGCUGCACUGGCAUACUUGCACUCCUCCACUUCCAAGCCCGUAAUCAUACACAAAAACGUGAAGACAAUGAACAUACUAUUAGAUGAUAAAUACAUAGUAAAACUGACAGACUCCGGAUUUUCACCACUCCGGGGGUGCAUUAAAAUGCAAAGGACACUCGGAUACAUAGAACCUGAAUGUCUUCAUUCAAACACAUUAAUAGGAAAAAGCGACGUGUACAGCUUUGGAGUUGUCUUAGCGGAGCUAAUAACAAGCAGGAGGGCAGCUACUCCCCAUAGGCCUGAGGCAGAAAGAAGCCUGGCAUAUGUCUUUGCUAGGGCAAUUGAGGGCGACAUCGGGGACUUGCAUGAAAUUCUGGAUGAAAAAAUUCUUGUGGGAGACAUAGAAAUGGUGGAAAAAGUGGCAGAUUUGGCAUAUAGAUGCAUAAGGGAAAGAGGGGAGGAAAGACCUUCCAUGAAAGAAGUAGCCAUGGAAGUACUUGAGGCAUUGCGAAUUAUGGCCAAGCAUCCAGAGGGCAUGCUUAGUUUCUCUGAGUCUCCCGAAAGGACUGAGCACUUUGUUACACCACCUUCAAACGCUUACGUUGUUGAUGUUAGAGGUGAAGGCUUUGAUGGUGGCUCUAGCUUAAGGUUAAUAAAAAACUUGACUUUAUAG